AUGAGGUGGAGUAAUAAACCAGAAGUUGUCGGGUCACUGGAAGGAUGCGAGGCUGCUACCAUCUUGGUCGGCCAGGAGCAGCGCGAGUUUAAUCUGCACAAGAACCUCCUCUGUGAGACGAGCAGCUUCUUCCAAGAACAGCUCGAGCACCUCGAACAUGAACAGACUCCAGUCCAAACCGCCCCUAGGCCCUCUGACGACGAUGACAUCAUGUGGCUGCCCGCCGAGAACGCCGACAUGUUCGAGCUCUUCGUGCUGUGGCUCUACCAGAGGCGCUCCUUCCACAGCUUCCUCGAUGCCGCCAUCCAGAAGAUCACCCCCGCCCAGUGCCGCUCGCUCCGCUUCAACCUCAUCCGCCUGCACCUCUUCGCCGUGCUGAUCGACCUGCCCGCACUCCAGGACGUGGCCAUGGACGCCCUUCAAGACAUGUACCUGCACCUCGACUGGGCCAUGUCCCCGCAGUUCAUCGCCUUCAUCUACGGCGAGUGCCAGACCGAGCAGGCCUUCAGGCUGCGCAAGUGGGCCGUGGCUAUGCUCGCUUGGACCCUGCACGGCGGCGACACGAGCGUUGCCCAGGCCGGCCACUUUGACCGCCUGUUCGUCGCCUUCCCCGGCCUUGCCGAAGAGUACCGCAAGCACCUGACCAAGAUGGUCCAGAGCAAGGCCGACGUCCGCUUCAAGAACCCCCAGCUCCGCCUCCCCGUGAACAAGCUCCGGAACGGCGAGCGCUUUUUCGGCUUCCGCCAGUGCAGCUUUCACUCUCACCGCGCCACCGUCGGCGAGAGCACCUGUCCCCACCUACUCGCCACCAUAUCCUCCCCCGAGCUCCGCCCGGCAGCAAUAGCGAAACCACAGUCCGACGACGUGGAGUUCGACGUCUCAGACACCGAGCAACUCAUCUUGACCUCCGUCAGCGACCUGCAAAAUAUCUCGUUUCUCGACUUGUCAUGA